AUGCAGUUCGUCGUACUCGCCGCCUUGAUCGCUGUCGCCGCAGCCAAUUCCGCCUAUCCCGGCUCAACUUAUCCAGUUCCAUCUUACCAUGGGUCAUCUUAUUCACCUUCGACUUACGAGCCCGCUCAGCCGUACUCUUUCAACUGGGCAGUCUAUGAUGGCUAUGGCAACAACUACGCCCACUCUGAGAGCAGCGACGGCAAGGUGACGACCGGCUCUUACCGCGUCCUCCUUCCUGAUGGUCGUGUUCAAAUCGUAACGUACAAAGCUGACAGUUACGGAUACACUGCUGAUGUCAAGUACGAAGGUGAAGCCAAGUACCCCGCUCCAUCCGCCUACUCAGCCCAGGCUUACUCCGCACCUGUAUUCACCUCUCAAGUUGUCACCGCUCCAGCUGUAUCAUCUCGUACUUACUCCGCACCAGUUGUUACCGCUCCUGCUGCUCCUGCUCGUGUUUUCACCUCUUCAUCUGUCACGGUUCCAGGUGCUAACUCCCGCACAUAUUCCGCACCGGUCUUGACUUCUUCCGCUGGCCGCACUUCGGAAGCCAACUCCCGUACUUAUUCCGCACCAGUAGUCACUGUUACCGCUCCUGCUGCAACCUCUCGUACCUACUCUGCUCCAGUUUUCACGUCCCCGGCUGUCACCGCUCCUGUUAUCACCUCUCCGGUUGUCACUAGUUCUGGUGACACCUCCCGCAUCUACUCCGCCCCAGAUUUCACGUCAUCGGCGGUCACGGGUUCUACCGGCACCUCCCGCACUUACUCCGCACCGGUGGCACCGGUGGUCACUUCCCCCGCUGCCCCUUCACCUGUAUUCACUUCCGAUCCGCGCCCAGCUCCUGCUGUUUCCUCUCGUACUUACUCAGCACCAGUGGUGACCGCUCGCACUGCUCCAGAUUCCGUCUUAAUCACUUCAUCUGUCACGGCUCCAGGUGCUAACUCCCGCACUUAUUCCGCUCCCAUUUUCACUUCUCCGGCGUCCUCAGCUACUGUGUCCACCUCGUCUUCGGUCACGGCACCUGCUGCCUCAUCCGGUACCUACUCCGCACCAGUUUUCACUUCUCCGGCUGCUCCAGCCUCUGUUGUCACGUCUCCAUCGAUCAACGAACCCGCUUCAACCUCCCGUACUUACUCCGAAGCAGAGUCCAUCACCGCUCCCGCAACCGACGCAGUCUACACGACUUCAACCAACGUUGCCCGCGACUACUGA